CGCCCGAGCCCUUCCCGCCUCCUGCGGCCAUUGGCUGCCGCCGCCGCCGCCGCUCCUGCGCGGCCACGGGAGGCGGGCAGCGGCCGUUGCCGUGGGGACGAAGAGACGCGGUCGCUGCUGGCUGCCCGGAGGGCUGCUUGCUGCCGUUGCGCCGAACCGGGCCGCGCCUGGCGAGCAGAGGGUAUUGAUAUGGACAGCAUUUCCUGGGGCUCCUCUCUGCAGUUCCUUGCCAAACUACUCAGCGAUUCUCAAGAAGACGAUGAUGACAGCGCUGACCAUGUGCCACACUGUUCUGUUAGUACCAUGACUCCUGGUAGCAUUGGACCAGCAAAGAGAGAGACUACUGAUACUGUGCAAGUGAAAUCUGAAAACAGCAAAGCUAUUUGGAAUGCAGAGGAGGUCUCAGAAGGAGCUGAAUUUGAGGAUAUCUGGGACCCUAGAGAACAACCAGAGUAUGAGAUUUUGUUCAAACAGUGUGUGGGGACAGAGGAUGUCUUCUUUGGGAUGAGCAGGAAAGACCCCUCCACAGCCUGCUGUGAAGAUAUAGUGGUUAAAAUCAAGCUGCCAGAGACAAAGUAUGCAGACAUCACAUUAAAUAUCCAGGACAAGGUUCUUGACCUUCGAACUCCCCAGAAGAAGCUGCUGCUGCACCUCCCCUACCGCGUAGACAGCAGGAACGGCAAAGCUCGUUUUCUCUCUGAGGAGGAGACCUUAGAAGUGACCUUGAGAGUAUCAAGGGAGUUUGAUUUCAUAAAUUUUGCCUGAUGGAUAGAGGAAAAAAGGGAAAGUUUGCCAGGAGUAAUCUCUUGCUUUGAAGUCAUCUUGCAACCUGACUGAAAUAGCAUAUCCGUGGAGACACUGACUGCCUUAGGAGCAGAGCACCCAUAGGUUCCUUAAGCUGAGGUUGCUCAGCUCCUGUGCUGCUUUGCUUCCUGCAGAUACAGGCUCUGUCAACCAGAAGAUAGGAGAUUACAGUUCUGUGGGCCAGAGAAUGUCUGUUGGUGGUUAUGGCUGAUAAGCAGCACAAUGAAGCCUUGGUCAAUGAGUCUUGUGCUUAGUGACUGUGGCAAGAGGUCAUAUUCUUGCUUGACCUCUAACACUGGGAUUAAGGCCAGUUCAGAAUCUCCUCUCAGCUACUUCAUGGUAAGACUAAAGCUCUUCAGGGAUCCAUAUCCACAUCUGAGGGUUCUUUGAACUGGCAAAACUGGGUAACCAGCUGUAGUUGGAUUGUUGAACAGCUCAGCUCUUCUGAAGGCUUUUUGACAGUGUGUGGUUCAAUGUCAACUGUUCAGCUGCUGUCCUUCCAGCUACUUUUCUGACCUUUCCUGAUUAAUAAAAGGAUGAGCCCAGUUACCUUCUCUGUAUUAUGUCCAAAGAGACUUCCUAAAAGUGAGGUAAGAGUAACUUUGCCUUACAAAGCAUCACUUAAAGGGUUGAAAUGUGGCAAAAGCUUUCCUUUGGCUGGUCUAGAGCUACAGAGGUGGGUAACCAAGAGGUCUCUUCCUGCUGCUGGGCAAAUAUCUUCAUGUAACAUUGU